ACAUGAUCCCCGAUUUUUCCUCCUCGUCGGCAUUUUUGUUUUCUUAAACAAAACGAAAGAGACUCCUCCCAAGUCCCAACGCCUUCUUCCGGCGUCUGCACAUUUUCUUUUACUCCGUAUCAUUUAUUUCGAUGGAUCCUUCGACCUCUUAACGAAUUUGUUCCAGAGAGAUCUCUGGGCUAUGGAGUUUUUCAAGAUCGCCCAAACCGUGAGGCUGAAGAGCCACCACGACAAAUACCUAUCCGCCGAUCGGAACGAGGAAUCGGUCAUCCAGUGCCGCGACGGCACCACCAAUGCGGCCAGAUGGACGGUGGAGUUCGUCGACGGCGCCCACUUCGUCCUCCGCCUGAAAAGCUGCCACGGCAGGUACCUGACGGCCACCGACGAGCAGUACCUCCUCGGCGUCACCGGGAGGAAGGUCCUCCAGACGAUUCCCAAGAAACUGGACUCGAAGAUCGAGUGGGAGCCCGUCCGGGAAGGGGAUCUGGUGAAGAUGAAGACCAGGUACGGGAAUUUCCUGAGGGCGAAUUCGGGAAUUCCCCCCUGGAGGAACUCCAUCACCCACGACAUCCCUCACCGGCACCAAGAUUGGAUUUUGUGGCUUGUUGAGGUUCUUGAAAUCCGACCCAACCCGCCCAAGACUCUGCCCAGAUCCGACGACGCCGACGAUGCCGACCUGUCCAAUUUCCGGCUUACCUCCUCGUCUGUUUCCCGACACUCUCACGGAGAGUCGAUGGAGGGGUCCGGGGGGAGCGAAGGGCGGUUGAUAUAUUACAAUGUGGCGGACAAUGAAGGGAACGCCGAUGACGCGGUUGAAGAGUCGUCCUUCCAUUUCAAAGGGAAUGGUUUAGAGGAAUUGAGUGCCAAGUUAGAGGAAGAGACAGGGCUUGAAGACAUCAUCGUUUGCAUGCGCAACCCUUUGAACGGGAAGGUCUUCCCUCUCCGGUUAGCUCUCCCGCCCAACAACUCAACUAUGCACGUCGUCGUUCUUCCUUCCACUUCCAAAGCGGCGAGAGCAUUUCUUCCGGAAAGUUCAUCCGGAGCAUCUGAUUGUUGAUGGAUCAUACAUUGGCCAUGGUGGUCUUGUUCUUCAAUAUGUUGUGUUGUGGUAAAAGGAUUUUGGAGUGAGUGAAUGAAACUUGUGUUUUGUGAGUGUAGCAUUGUUCCAAGAUGAAAAAGAAAGGGUACAACUGAAUAGUGUAACAUUUGUACAAGCCUUCUCAAACAGUUCUUUAUGGUUCUUGGCUUCUUGUUGCUGAAAUUUAUCCAUUCUUUGCUCAUUUUUAGUAUCUGUGUUCUUUACUUUGUUGGAGUUCUUGGUCUUAUGG